UGCUCUACCCAGGUGAUCAAAUGCAAAGCCGCUGUGCUCUGGACGCCUGGGGCCCCGAUGGACAUUGAGGAGAUAGAAGUGGCCCCACCAAGGGCAAAGGAAGUUCGAAUAAAGAUGGUGGCCACAGGAAUCUGUGGUACGGAUAUAAAAAGUCUGGCUGAUAAAGAGUUUUCCCAGCUUUGCCCCAUCAUUAUGGGCCACGAAGGAACUGGAAUAGUCGAGAGUGUGGGAGAAGGAGUAAGCACAGUGAAAACAGGUGACAAAGUCAUCAUCUUAUGUUUGCCACAAUGUGGAGAAUGUAACACUUGCCUCACUUCCAAGAACAACAUGUGUAAGGAAAUUAGACUGUCAGGGACACAUCUGACGUCUGAAAGCAGCAGCAGAAUCACCUGCAGAGGGAAGAUGGUGCAUCAAUAUAUCGCUACAGGCACCUUUUCUGAAUACACAGUCAUAAAGGAAAUCUCAGUCGCCAAGAUAGAUGAAGAUGCUCAACUGGAGAAGGCGUGCAUAAUUGGCUGUGGGUUUGCCACUGGUUUUGGUGCUGCAAUCAAUUCUGCCAAGGUGACCCCAGGUUCCACCUGUGCUGUGUUUGGCCUUGGAGGUGUUGGUCUGUCUGUCAUCAUUGGCUGUAAAACAGCUGGAGCAGCCAGGAUCAUCGCUGUGGACACCAACAAAGACAAGUUCGCGAAGGCCAAGACAGUGGGUGCCACUGAGUGCAUCAGCCCGCGAGACUUUGACAAUCCCAUUCAGGAAGUCUUGUUUGAUAUGACGAAUGGCGGAACAGACUUCUCCUUUGAGGUCACUGGAAACCCAGAAAUAGUGGCAACUGCCCUGGCCUCCUGCAACCAGGACCAUGGGGUCUGCGUGAUCAUUGGAGUAAUUGCCUCUUGGGUUCAGCUCAACAUCAGCAGCAAGUUGUUCUUCUCAGGACGUACUCUGAAAGGGUCAGUUUUGGGAGGUUGGAAAACCAAGGACGAAAUCCCUAAGCUGGUUUCUGACUACACGGCAAAGAAAUUCAGCCUAGAUCCACUAAUCACCCACACCCUGGCUCUCGACAAGGUCAACGAAGCAGUUCAGCUAAUGAAAAAUGGACAAUGCAUCCGCUGUGUCCUGCUACCUUAG